CCGGCCGCACGUUGUCUCAGGCCGCAUGAGCGCGCCGGCGUGCUAGCGCAGCGUGCGCGGGUGUGGUAUGCCCGCGCGUCGCCGUUAUGGCCCCUAUGUUGGUGGCCUUGGCGCUGCUGGCUUUGCUGCCCGUAUCGGAGCAAGGUCCUCACGAGAAGCGUCUCCUGAACGCUCUGCUGGCGAACUACAACACGCUGGAGCGGCCGGUGGCCAACGAGAGCGAGCCCCUGGAGGUCAGGUUCGGGCUCACCCUGCAGCAGAUCAUCGACGUGGACGAGAAGAAUCAACUACUUAUAACCAAUAUAUGGCUGUCGUUGGAGUGGAAUGACUACAACCUGAGGUGGAACGACAGCGAGUAUGGCGGGGUCAAGGACCUCAGGAUCACGCCGAACAAGCUGUGGAAGCCGGACGUGCUCAUGUACAAUAGUGCUGACGAGGGUUUUGACGGGACAUACCAGACCAACGUGGUGGUCAGAAACAACGGCAGUUGCCUGUACGUGCCACCUGGCAUUUUCAAGAGCACAUGCAAGAUAGACAUCACGUGGUUUCCCUUCGACGACCAACACUGUGAUAUGAAGUUCGGUAGCUGGACGUACGAUGGCAAUCAGUUGGAUCUGGUGCUAAAGGAUGAGGCAGGCGGUGAUCUGUCGGACUUCAUAACAAAUGGGGAGUGGUAUCUUAUAGGAAUGCCAGGCAAAAAGAACACGAUAACGUAUGCGUGCUGUCCCGAGCCCUACGUGGACGUGACCUUCACCAUCAUGAUCAGGAGACGAACCCUGUACUACUUCUUCAACCUCAUCGUCCCGUGCGUGUUGAUCUCAUCGAUGGCGCUACUCGGGUUCACACUGCCACCAGACUCCGGAGAAAAGCUGACGCUCGGAGUCACUAUUCUUCUCUCGCUGACGGUGUUCCUCAACCUGGUAGCCGAGACCCUGCCACAGGUCUCCGACGCUAUCCCCCUGUUAGGUGUUACAAUCCUCCUGUCGCAAACAGUUUUCUCUCUAUUGGUGGGACACGUCAUCACUAAAACCUCUGAGGCGAUCCCCCUAAUAGGAACGUACUUCAACUGCAUCAUGUUCAUGGUAGCAUCGUCAGUGGUACUAACAGUAGUCGUGCUCAAUUACCAUCAUCGAACAGCAGACAUACAUGAGAUGCCACAGUGGAUAAAAUCAGUGUUCCUACAAUGGUUGCCGUGGAUUCUUCGCAUGUCGAGGCCAGGGAAGAAAAUUACGAGGAAGACGAUAAUGAUGAAUACAAGAAUGAGAGAGUUAGAACUUAAGGAGAGGUCAUCAAAAUCGCUGUUGGCAAACGUUUUGGACAUCGAUGAUGACUUCAGGCAUGGCCCACCUCCUCCUAACAGUACAGCAUCUACUGGAAAUUUAGGGCCUGGGUGCUCAAUAUUCCGCACGGAUUUCCGUCGGUCGUUCGUCCGUCCCUCGACUAUGGAAGACGUGGGCGGCGGGCUGGGCAGCCACCAUAGAGAGCUUCACUUGAUACUAAGGGAGCUGCAGUUCAUCACUGCCAGGAUGAAGAAGGCGGACGAGGAGGCCGAGCUCAUCAGCGACUGGAAGUUUGCUGCGAUGGUUGUUGACAGAUUUUGCCUGUUCGUGUUCACACUUUUCACAAUCAUUGCAACAGUAGCUGUUCUGUUGUCGGCACCGCAUAUCAUCGUGCAAUGAAUCAACUACAAAGUCACCGGGAUCCCGGCACAAGUAUGAGAGAACUAAUUAUUAGAACGCCGAUAUGUAACUAUAAUUGAUAAUAUAAUUAAUUAAAAUACGUGGUUGAAACGCACACGUCUUCAUAACAAAGUCUUAAGACAUUAAAUUAUGAUAAAUUUACAUAUUGUAGUUAAGUGACACGCUGGGUGGGAUUUCAGUUCGAAAAGGUUUUAGAUUUUCUAGUGUUUUUACGUCUUUAACGUUUAACAGUUAUUCACUUACAUCUUGAAUUCUCAUUUUAUGAUUAUUUUGUCUAAAGUUUUAGUUUCAAUUCAUAAUUUUGUUGAAUUUAUUCUGUAUUUUGAAAUCAGACUGAAAUUUCAUCUAGCAUUUAUAAAAAAAUGUGAUGUUGACUAGGAUGUUAUACAUAUAAAUGUUGACGUGCAUAAUUUGUUAAUAAAACCGUAUUAAUUAUUAUUACUAAACGAUAUUGUAUAAACGAAAGGAGCGAGGGUUCAGUUAAGAAAAGUUUAGAUUGCGAGUACAGAGCUGCAUUAAAUUUGAAAAAGAACGAAAAUGAUUUUCUGAGAAAUCGAUUAAAGAGACGAAAUUGGUUGCUUAAGGAUUGUUUGAGUUAACGUCAAUGCAUUGAUGAUUAAUGAGAGAGUUCUUGGAAUAAUUGAAAUUGAAAUGGUAUCCUUUUGCAUGUAAUGAGGGAUCACAGACGAUGACACAAGAUCUUAGGGUAUUAAGUAAUGUACAUAAUGGAUCAAAUAUCGGUAGUCAAGUCAGAAUAGCUACUUAAUGAUUUAAGAUUAUUCCAUUCGAUAUUAGAAUUCGAUUAGCGACAAUCGCUGUGUCAGCAAAGAUACGUAUCGAUUUUAAUCGGUAUGUAUUCAUAGACGGGUCGGAAUAUUAGAUAUGGACAUGGGAGUAAAACUUUAAUUAAAGAAUGUACUAUGAAGAUUAAAUCCAGGAAUUGUUAAACAGUUAUGGAAUUGAUAAAAAUCAACAAUUAAUACGGAACCAAAGUUAGUAUAGGUUUAGCAUCUGUUAUGUUGAAUUAAUAAAUAAAUUAGGUCCCAUUCAAAAAGGGACUUAAUGUUAAACGCGAUAGGACUUAAGAUAAAAACGUUAUCGAUUAAGCUAACUCGUUACUGUUGUCAUCUUGUAUCGACGAAUGCUCACUAAACUAUCGAUAGUGUUAUAAUAUUGUACUUGUAUAUGACGGUAUGAGAGUAAGUCCUUAGCAUCAGAAAUAGUCACUAUUUAGAAAUGGGAUUGUGUUUACAAUAUAGGAAAUGUUAUGCUUAACGAAAUUAUUACAAGCUGUUAAUAUCACUACCAAUCACGUAACCAUAUUGAUAAAAAUGUAAAUACAGAAUAUUGCGGUGUGUAUUUGUAUAUAAAUAUUAGAAAAAAAAUCGGAAAAAAGACUAAAAUAUCGCAUUCUUCACUCUAGUAUUGUAACAACCAGUCUUAUUGGGCAGGAAUAGUACACUAUUAUUCUUAAGUACUAGAUACUGUCUUAUACUUAUAUCAUCUCGAUAAGUACUCGUAUUGUCUGAUUCAUUUCAAGCGUAGAUCGAUCGGAGGCGAUCCGACCAUUUUCGCGCCCAAUAAGACGUCAAAAUGUCACUGUGACAGAAGUUCAAUUGAAAAACUUUUUUAAUUGAUAUCGAUUGUAACCGAUUACGAUUGUCAAGUGUCUACUCGAUUAGAACCUUUUAGCACAUACUGUAGCAUCUAUAUAAUAGUCAUAUUAUUUAAAAAUAAACAAUUUAAAGUCUUUAUCUAUGUCCGUUCCUCAAUUUCGCUCUUAUAGAUGUCGUGAUAGCCUAGUGAAUGUCGUGUCCCUUGAUUUAAGCUAAAAUUAUAAAGGAAUAACUAUUGAUAAGGAAGCUCACUAAAACUAGAUAUAAAAUUUUCGCAACUCUGAGUGUUUUUGCAUUUUCUUUACGUCUUUAUUGUUGACAAGUUAAGCGUGAAUAAUAUGUAAACAAGUGCUACCUUUUUCUUGGAGUCGAGUUCACAAUUUGUUGUAAGAAUAUAAAUAUCUUUAGAGAAAGGUACGGCUUGAGCAUGGAAUGUAUUAAUGAAACCUAGUUAUGUUAAACGUUUCCAAGAUUAUGAAGGUUGUUGUUUAGCAGAAUUUAUGUUAACCAGUGCGGUGCUCGACGUCAAGUAUCCGAUGUCGCCUCCGAGCACACGGUUCAUAUUGUUACAUUAUUUUAAGUUUAAACCCUAUUGUUAUAUUUGAUUGUGUAUAUUUCUAUUCAAAGUGAUGAUAAAAAUGAAAAUUGUAAAAUUAAUUGAUAUAUUUAAUUAGAUUUGUUAGUGCCAAAAAUAGGGUUUAUAAAUAUUGAAGUUAAGUUGGAUUUUAGGGAUAAACUAUGAAGUUGAGAAGUUUAUUGUAAAGAAAAAAUAAAAAAAACGAACUAGGGUCUUUGUUAACAUGUAAUUUAACGGGUUAAUGUUUGUGUUGGGCCGCAGCUACGGGUUAUUCAGCCAAUUUUAAACUAAUUUUGUUUAAAAAUAAAUAAAUGAAAGGUUGUGAAAUCGAAUGUAACGCCCGUGGUAGCGGUUCAAUGAUAAAAUAUAAUAAAAAAUAUAGUUAAAUAAAAAUCGAGUAGAAACGAUCUACGAUUUAAUAAAAGCCGAAUAAUUAAACGCCUGCAUGGGACCGGGUUAGAAUAAAAACAAAAUAAACUGAAGUUACCAUUUCAUAUGCGAUGUAUAUGCAGCCAUGUUGUUAAAACCGUUAAACUAUUGCCAACGUGAAAUAACUUUAUUUCAUAAACACACAAAACGCACGCAGUCUGCGUUUUUGUGAAGUCGCUCAAACAAACAGUUAACGGUUUUUUCAGAACAACUGUAACACAUUUUAAAGCAGUAUUUAUUUAUGGUUAUAACUUCCACUCUUUACAAAGUAAACAAAACUACUGAUAUUUUCGAUGUUCACAAUUUAUGUAUCCUAUUUUUUAAAUUUAUUGGGAAAUUAUAAAAGCUGGCAUAAAUAAAUUAAUAGUUUAAAUAAAGAACAGACGCCACUUCAAUUAUUAUGAACUCGAAAUAUUAAUUCCGAUUUUUUUUUAUCACCUUUUAUCAUUUCAGUUU